AGCAUGUGAGGAGUGUGUGUGCGGAGUGUACGGGGAAGAAUGGGCCGCCGGUCACGUACGGAGCAGCAGGCGAGAGUUGGAUAGGAAGCCCUCCUCCCUCUUCCUCCUCCCCCUCCUCCUCCUCCUCCUAGAGACAGAGGCUCCUCCAGGGGACUUACAAGCUGCAGAGCUGGGGCUCUCCGGACUUCACACUCUUCAUCCUCAGGCAGGUUAGACUGGAAACUGCGGCCAUCAACAUGGAGGAUGCUUUACAAGUAAUGGAAGCGGGACCUGUGGGUGACUGUACAUUAAAGGGAUCGGACGUGUCAAGCCGGGAGUUUUCUAGGCACACUGAUAAAAUUCCUUUGGUGAAACCUUGUUUUAAAAAGAAGCCAGCCCAGAAAAUAUUAGAUGCGGAAACCCUACAUGCUUUGCAACCAAUCUUCACUAGUUUUUUAGGGUCUGGUACUCUUAAUGGGCUAUUUGUGUCCACUGAUCAAGCUGGGACUGCUAGUAACCUAUGUGAACCCCUUGUGAAAAAAGCACUAGGCUCUCAAAGUACUGCACUGAUAUCUAAGAGUUCAAGUCUUAGGCCAGUAACAGAUCAUCCUACAUCUGUUCAUGCCACACAAGAGCUGGAGGAAGAUCAGACACCGGUAAUAGAGAGCACAGAGCCCUCCUUUCCUUCAGAAAGCACUACUGGAACUGUUCCUAACACUGCCAAUGGUUCUUUCCAGGAUCCUCUUUUACAAACAAAUUCUAGCGAUACCACCAACCCAAUCUGCCUGGACAAGAUGUUAGAAAGUUAUUCAUCUGGGUUAUUCCAGGACACAAGUCUUCUGGACCAAUACAAUGUGAGCCAAAAUAAUAAUUCAAACGCUGGGAUAUUUGAGGACAAAACAGAGGAAGCGUCUCUACUUCUCGUGUUUGAACUUUUGAAUCAGCUUCAAUAUCAUGUCCACCAGAAGGAUGGGAUUGACAUUUGUGUGGAAUUCCUACAAGGGUUAUGUUUUUAUGGUAAAGAUUGCCAAAAACACCAUACAGUGUUGCCAUAUCAUUGGCAAGUUAGGAAACGUAGCACUGGCCUUUGGCAAAGCAUAAAUGACGAUUCCCAGGAGCAUCUGGAAAGACUGUACUGUAGCCCGGAUAGUGACAGAAUCAAACUGCGAUAUCAGGGACAUGAUUUCUUAGUGAAUUUGGACUGUAUGACUAUUUAUGAAUCUUCUGAAUUUGAAUUUGACCAAAUCCGACGCCUGUCUACCCCUUCUACCUCUGGUCUUGGCUCCAAUUACCACACGGUGUGGAAGUACUUUUGCAGAGAUCACUUUGGCUGGAGGGAGUACUCAGAGCCUGUGGUGAAGCUGAUAGAGGAAGCCAAUUGCCGAGGGCUGAAAGAGGUCCGCUUUGUUACGUGGCACAACCAGUAUAUACUGAACAUCAAAGAUGGCUUCCAGCAAAAUGCCUGCUUCAGGAAAGAAAUCAAAAGACGACCCCUCUUUAGAUCCUCUGUGAUGUUACUGCCACAUCUACAGACACUGAGUGGGGUAUCGCCAGCAAUUUCCCCGAUGGCUGAAUCUCUGCAGGUUUUAUCGCCUGUCGCAAUAACAACCCCAAACUUCUAUCCUGAAACCUGGAUCCCAAUGGUCUCGUCUCAGGAGUUUACCCAAGUGCCUAUGCCAAAGGAAGACAAGAGUUACAGAACAGUUUACACCCUCUUCCACAAAACAGUGCCCGAGACCAAGUUCCGCAUUAUGAAGAUAAUGCGAGUUCAGAACCUCUUCCUGUGGGAGAAAUAUAAAAGGAAGAAAGAAUUCAUGACCAGGAAAAUGACAGGACUGGACAAGAUUAUGAACGAGAGACAUCUGUUUCAUGGAACUUCCCAGGAUGUUGUUGAUGGAAUCUGCAAACAUAACUUUGACCCCCGAGUCUGUGGGAAACAUGCCACCAUGUUUGGACAGGGCAGUUACUUUGCCAGGAAGGCAAGCUAUUCCCACAAUUUCUCCAAGCGGUCUCAAAAAGGAGUUCACUACAUGUUCCUAGCAAAAGUAUUAACGGGAAGAUACGUGGUGGGGAAUCACACCAUGCGGAGGCCUCCUCCACUAAACCCUGGGGACAUUACCAGUGACCUUUAUGACUCUUGUGUGGACAAUUUCUUUGAGCCUCAGAUUUUUGUUAUAUUUAACGAUGACCAGAGCUACCCGUAUUUUAUUAUCCAGUAUGAAGAAGUUAGUAACACUGUUUCCAUUUAAACUGAAAAUGCUGCUGACCUGAGCUCUAGGAGACAUUUGUUGAGAAACAAGAAAGGACUUCGGAGGAAAACCAGAAACUUCCAAGCUCUUUGAUAAAGACCAACAGUGCACUUGUUCAUAAUUUAUGUGCAUAUUGUAAAUAGUUUUUCUUUGUUAACAGUUUGUGUGCCUUUUUGUUAAUAAAACCUUUAUUUAUGUGAGUAAA